AGCAUGGAGGUUUUCACAUUCUAUUCCACCAAAGAACUGUUGGUCUGUGCUGUCCAAACUAAUUUAACACAAUGUGGCAAGCCAAUUUUCUUAUUAUAAUGUGUGCAACUCUGGGUUCAUUUUGCUUAGAGAUAGUUGGGAGUUUAGAUAUUGGGAGUGGUACAAAGCUGACCUUAAUUAAAAACAAUGAAAGUAAUGGCACAAAUCCACAAGAUGGGUUUGAGGACUAUGGAGGAUAUCAGUCUGAUCAACCUGCUUCAACAGCAUGGCAUAAGUUGGUGGAGUCAAAGCUGAGGCGAUUAAAUCCCACUGUGUAUUGUGGUGGUGAUGCUAUGACCCUGCGUGUUCAAGGAGGUAUCAUGCCCAACUUCAUGAUUGAUGGAGGUGAUGGUCCAGUCCCACUGACUCAGAUACCUUCCAACUGUGGACUUUCCCUGACUCAAGGUCCCACAGAUGCUGUCUUUACUGUACAUUAUAAAGGCUGUCAUGUUACCCAACAGGGAGAAGAACAUGUUCUGCCACUGCUUCUGUGGGGACUGCCUAUGAAAAUGUCUUGUCCUUUGGCUAUAUAUAAACCUAAUGUCUCAUGCCUUACAUCUCAUAUGGUGACCAAGUUAAACUGCAAUUCUGCAAAUGCUCUCAAACUAAAGGUGAAUGGCAAAUGGGACUCUUUUAUAUCAGCAAGCAGCACAUGUGGUAUCACUGCAGAGUCUGAGACUGAUGGAGUUGUGGUCACUGCUCCAUACCAAAGCAGCUGCUGGCAAAUUAAGGGUGAUGAAAGGUUUCUGUCCAUGCUGUAUGGUAACGAGGAACUUAUCCUUUCCUGCCCUGAUUCCCAUGAUGCUCAUCCCUAUGGUCAUGUUAGAAUCAUGUCUUACCAGAGUCAUAAGCCUAAUGUAACCAUUCAUAAGGAUACUACAAGGACCACAAAUAUUUCUACAGUUACAACAGGCCCUGCCAGACAUUCAGAGCAGCCUAUGUCCUAUAUUUUUGGUUACAUGUAUAAUGGAUAUUCUUGGGAAAGCCCUGCCGGAAUGAGUACUGCCCCAUCAGUCACUACCACAAAUGCCCCAGCUACUGAUAUGAUGUAUCCUUUCCCUCAGAUGCAUUAUUCAUUUGACCCCAUGCUGUACCAUCACAAACCCAAGCCUUAUGGUUAUCCUUGGGCUUUUCCUGCAAAAGCACCUACUACUGCUCCACCUACUUCCCAAACAACUGCCACAACAUCCACUACUGUUGCUAGUAACCACCAACAACCUCCCUGUCCUUUUGAUCAGCAGUAUUCUCCAUUUGGCCCCAUGGUGCACAAUCACAAACUAAAGCCUUAUGGCUAUCCUUGGGCUUUUCCUGCAAAAGCACCCACUACUGCCCCAACUACAACUACUUCCCAAACAACUGCCACAACUUCCACUACUGUUGCUAGUAACCCCCAACAACCUCCAUAUCCUUUUAAUCCACAUUAUUAUCCAUUUGGCCCCGUGGUGCACCAUCACAAACCCAAGCAUUAUGGCUAUCCUUGGGCCUAUCUUGCAAAAGCACCUACUACUGCUCCAACUGCAACUACUUCUCAAACAACUGCCACAACAUCCACUACUGUUGCUAGUAACCACCAACAACCUCCCUGUCCUUUUGAUCAGCAGUAUUCUCCAUUUGGCCCCAUGGUGCACAAUCUCAAACUAAAGCCUUAUGACUAUCCUUGGGCUUUUCCUGCAAAAGCACCUACAGCCCCAACUAAAACUACUUCCCAAACAACUGCUACAACAUCCAAAACUGUUGCUAGUAACCCCCAACAACCUCCAUAUCCUUUUAAUCCACAUUAUUAUCCAUUUGGCCCCGUGGUGCACCAUCACAAACCCAAGCAUUAUGGCUAUCAUUGGGCCUAUCUUGCAAAAGCACCUACUACUGCUCCAACUGCAACUACUUCCCUAACAACUGCCACAACUUCCACUACUGUUGCUAGUAACCCCCAACAACCUCCAUAUCCUUUUAAUCCACAUUAUUAUCCAUUUGGCCCUGUGGUGCACCAUCACAAACCCAAGCAUUAUGGCUAUCCUUGGGCCUAUCUUGCAAAAGCACCUACUACUGCUCCAACUGCAACUACUUCCCUAACAACUGCCACAACUUCCACUACUGUUGCUAGUAACCCCCAACAACCUCCAUAUCCUUUUAAUCCACAUUAUUAUCCAUUUGGCCCUGUGGUGCACCAUCACAAACCCAAGCAUUAUGGCUAUCCUUGGGCCUAUCUUGCAAAAGCACCUACUACUGCUCCAACUGCAACUACUUCUCAAACAACUGCCACAACAUCCACUACUGUUGCUAGUAACCACCAACAACCACCCUGUCCUUUUGAUCAGCAGUAUUCUCCAUUUGGCCCCGUGGUGCAUAAUCACAAACUAAAGCCUUAUGGCUAUCCUUGGGAUUUUCCUGAAAAACCACCCACUACUGCCCCAACAAUUAUUGCUCCAACCACUAAAACUGCAACAAAUGUCAUAGCAUCCACAACUGUUGCUAUUAACCCACAGCAGUCUGCAUAUUCCUUUAAUCAGAUGCAUCAUCCCCAUGGCAGCCUGCCAUACCAUCAAAAACCCAUGAUUUAUGGAUAUCCUUGGGCUUUUCCUGCAAAAGUGCCUACUACUACACCCAGUAAAACUUCUGCAACCACUAAACUGUCAAUAACAUCUGACUCAAUGCUGUCCAGUGUUGCCUAUGACCCUUACAAGUCUGGGAAUCCUUUCAAUCAGAUGUAUUUUUCAUUUGGCCCCAUGCAUUGCUACCAUAAGCCCUCACAUUAUCACAUAGUUUUUCCUGUAAAAUCUUCCACUACUGCUACCAAAUAAACCUGUUCCUACAAAUAAACAACUAUAAACAACUGCAACAACUAUCAUGGCCCAACUACCUAAACAGCCUGCAGAUCCAUUAAAUUGGAUGCAUCAUCCAUCUGGCUUCAUGCCAUACCAUCCAAAAACCCAUGUCUAAUGGCUAUCCUUUGGCUAUCUCAUGUCUAAUGGCUAUCCUUCUGAUCCAACGACUGAAACUGCAGCAACUGCCACAACACCCACUAUCGUGACCAGUAAUCUUUAACAGUCUGUGUCCUAUUCUUUAAUAGCCACAUGCAUUACUUAUAUAAAUCUUCUCAUCCUCUUGGCUAGCCUUGUGUUUUUUCAGCAAAUGCAGUAUAAAUAUAAUUCUUUAUAAUUGUGGUGCCCUAAAAACUGCACCUUAGAUGUACUAUUAGAACUACAAUAAGCUUUGAAAAGGCCUAAAUCUGCUCAACAUCUGCUGCUAUAAAGCACUCAAAAUAAUAAACAAGUCAGGUCUUAAGGUUAAUCAGAGAUCAGUCUUAAGUAAUAAUUUAGCUUUACCAGUGAUCUG